AUGCAGGAUCGCAACCUAUAUGGGCAGUUCGUCGAUCUAAGCACUGGUUUCAAGCCACACAUCGAGUUCAUGCCCUACAACUUCGACGAAGUGCCGCUGCUGACGGUGGCGCACGUCGACGUCCUCAACCGCGAGGACGUCCGAGGGAAGGUGCCGGUCGGGGUGGACAUCCUCGUUCAGGGCGCCGCGGCGUACGACGUAGGGUUGUUGGUGGUUGGCAAACAUGAGGACUUCGUCCCGCAGGCACAGGAGUGGGAGAUCCACUACCGGCACGCCAUGGGCGGCCUCAUGGUCGAGCGGCUGCAGGAGCUGAACCGCACCGUGCACAGGCUGCCGGACCACGUGGUGGUGGCCGCAGUGCACGCGACGGACACGGCGAUCCUCGACGCCGCGCCCGCGAUCCUGGAGCGCUUCUACGCGAUGGACGCCGACAUCGUCUUCGCCGGCCGCGCCUCGAUGUACCCUGACAAGAACACGAACUUCGACGCGCAAGCAGAUGAGGAUCGCAAGCUGAGCCCGCUGGUGCACCCGAGCGGAUGCUGCUUCAUCGGGUACGCCGCCGCGCUCCGGCGCAUGGCCGGCGAGCUGCUGGCCGGGCUCGACCACCACGUGCCCGUCCCGGUGCACUUCACGGAGACGAUCGCGGAGGACGCAAACAACGCGGAUCCUGCGUGGCGGAGCAUUGCGCACGAGCAGCGGGCGUUCCAAAAGUACUACUGGGUGCUUGGCAAGCAACCCGGGUCCGUGACCGGGCGCGGACGCAGCGCGCCGCCCUCGCGCCACGUCGCCGUCGACACCCACCAGCGGCUCUUCGCGGACCUCGACCCGACGCGCCGCGACCUGUGGCUGGGCCCCACUGCGCGCGUGGAGUGCAAUCCGGAGGGCAAGGCCGACGUGAUGUGCACGGGCGCGGCCGGGUUCAAGCCCGCGUUUCUGCACGCGACGGGCGACGCGAAGUUCGAGUACGCGUACAUGAUGGCGCGUCUGGGAUAUAUGGUGCCGUCGGUGACGGCGGAGCUGUAUGGAGAGUGCGCGCGGGACACGCACACCACCGUUGCGGGCCGCGCGCUGCUGCGCGGCGACCCGCAGAAGCCCGCGCAUGUGCCGUUUCCGCCGCCGGGCAUGCCGGACGUGGAUUUCGACGCUGCGGGGGGGGCCGUGGAGAGCUGGGGUGCGCCGCCGCCACGCGGGCAGCCGGAUGGGCACGCGGAACUGUGA